CCGCCACAAUGUUUCACAGUAUAGUUCAUCUUCUUUUGAUCAGCAGUAAAAAUGUUUCUUAAAUCGUGUGUGUUGUAUUAUAUUGUGUGUGGUGGCGUCAUAUUUGCAGAGCUUCCACAAGAUACCAGAAAUCUUCAAGACGAUGAAAAUUUAGAGGGAUAUUUACCUUCUGGAUGGAAACCCUCAGGCCCUGCCUUUAAAAUACCGGAAUCUCCCCAGUUUACAUUCAAAUCUCCCAAUGAAGGAAGUUGGAGCUAUUUACCUCCUCAGACAAAUGGACAAAAUCCUGAAGUCAACAGUCAAGUCACCAAACUGUUUGACGGGUCCGAGAACACAGAUACUGGUUUCAGGUCAAGCUCUUCCACCGCAGAAAAUACUGGACAAGUUUUCGAGAGAACUGGCACAGAAGUGCAAGUUGACUUAACGUAUUCCAUACCUAAAGAGACGCUGGCAGCCCCACCAAAUCAACCCCCUGUAACAUACGGACCUCCUCAAGAAGAAGUCACUACUGCAGUACCAUCACCUACUGAAGAAUUAACCACUACCGUGUUGCCCACGACAACUGAAAUAAUAUUCGAAGAUUUUAGCAAUGAUACUUUAAACAACGACGAAGGUAAACAGAAAGAAAAUCUGUUGGAAGAGACUAAAGACGCAGGAGCAAGAGUAUAUUACAUUUACCACCCUACAGGACUUUUGCAGAAAGUAUCGUAUCGUACAAAAGAUGAUCAAGCUAAUAUGGCAUACAGCGCUGAACUUAAGUAUGAAAAUGUUGAGCCUAUCAGAAGUCCAGUAUACACAUACGAUCCGGAAACGUACGCUUUCAAGCGAUUACAGUAAACCUUAACAUCUAUUUAUUUGAACGUGCAGUUAUAGGAAUAAUUUUUUUAUUAUU